UGGGUAACAAGCCUGAAUAAGGCAGUUUUUGGCUAGUAUAAAACAGAGUUGCCGUGAGUGCCAGCCAUAAGCCUAUUGAUGCUAAUGUUACCAGUCUAGGAAAUCCAAAUCUCCUAUAGAACACUCAUGAGCUCCGUUGCGGAUUGGCAUUAUCCGCUGCACCGGCCCCACCGUGGCUGGGCAUUAUCCGCCAUGAUCCUGGAGUGUCACGCUUAUUGGAAGGGUCUUUGUUAUAUAGGCACUUCUUGGAAAGAAAGGUCUUUUCUAGAUAAGCAGACACGAGCUUUCUUGAUCGAAAACGUCCCCAUCCAAGCCAUCCAUAAUGCAGUCGGAACUCGUUGGACGUACUGCGCUUAUCACAGGAGCCUCGAUGGGCAUCGGACAAGCCAUUGCCCUCGCCUUGGCGGAGAAGGGCAUGAAUGUCGCUCUGUUAGCGAGGAGCCAUGAUAAGCUGCAAGCCGUCGUAUCCAGUAUCACGGAGAAAUUCCCGAGUGUUGUGGCUCGCGCAUAUGCCAUUGACAUCCAAAACCAACCCCAGGUCGACGAGGCAGUCAAGGAGGUGGUCUCUGAUCUCGGCGACAUUGAGGUGUUGGUCAAUAAUGCUGGCCUUGCACUCGGUGCACCGGCCAGGUUCUGGGAACUGCCCAUCGACCUGAUCAAGCAAAUGAACGGUACCAACAUUUCCGGUGUCAUGUACACCACUCACUCGGUGCUCAACAGAAGCAUGUGGCCCCGGAAGAGAGGAACGAUCAUCAAUGUAUCGUCAGUAACCGGGUUGGAAUGCCCGCCGUUCAACGGCGAAGCUGUAUACCACGCCAACAAAGCCUGCCUGGAAGGGUUCACCAACAGCCUCCGAAUGGAAACAGCAGGGUCCGAUAUUCGGGUUCUGACGCUGCGGCCUGGUUGCGUUGUUAAUCAUUUCCAUCUCCAGCGUGUCAAGUAUGACCAGGAUGCCAUGGACGAGUUCUUCUACGGCUACGAGCCACUCGUUUCGGAGGAUCUUGCGGAGGCCGUUGUCUUUAUGGUUAGUCGUCCUGGGAGAGUCUCGAUCAAGGCUCUUGAUUGUGUGCCCAGUGCUCAGAGGGCUCUCACGCUUAUUGACCGGGAAUGGAAUGCAAGGCAGAAGUGAGGGACAAAUUGUAGCGGUACGGCAUCUGAUCCAGACAAAAGGAAGAAAUCAGGUAGUAUAUAUAGAAGUAGCUCAGCUGUGUAACUGCACA